GGCCAGUCUACAGCAACAGCAACAGCUAAGGAAGGAACACGAAAAGUCAAAUAGAUCGGAGAACACAAGAGAAAGAGAAUCGAAAAUGGCGGCGACUAGCUUGCUGGGUCGGCUGAGGAAUGCGGUGGAGAAGCUGAAAUUUAUGAUGAAGUUCAACAUCCAAAGCUGGCGUUUGGCGGCGAUGUUGGGGCGGACUUCGUCGAGAAAUCUCCGGCUUAGCUUCAACGAAAGCCCGGGGUUGAAGGUCUGUAAAGAGGAUAUUAUAGAGUCGUCUGAACACUCAAAUUCUUCGUCUCGAGGAGGACUACAAAGGACACCAAGCUACGCUUCUGAAGACGAUGUGGACAAGCGAGCGGAGGCUUUCAUAGCGAAUUUCUAUCGCCAGCUUAGGAUCGAGCGCCAGGUUUCGCUUGAGCUUCAAUACUGCCGUGGGAAUAGCUCUAAGCAGCUUAUAGUUUCUCCUUGAUUUCGUCGUGAAUAUCGAGUAAGCUUUUCAAUUAAUGGAGUCUCUUUGAUAUUUUUUUGGUUUUUCAAAAGGAUCUCCGAUUUGGGGUUCAUUAUCGACUGUUCCCCUUCAGUUGGUGAUGCAAUUCAAUUCAAUUCCCAAGAAACGUUGAAUUUGGAGGAUGUCACUGAAGUCUUUGAAUUUUGGUGUAAAAUUCAAUUAUGGUGUGCUUUAAUCGUUUGGCUCCGAGGAAGAAGAAGAAGAAGACCCAUUUGAUUUGAAUGGAUGACAAUUUGAAGGCAAUGGUGGGGAUAUAAGGAAUUUGAUUUUUCAACAUUCAAUGAUGUUUUAAUUUAUUGGAUU